AUGUCAUUUAGAUCACCCAUCUCGAAAUGCUCCACCAUUCUCCCCUCCCUCGGAAGACUGGAAGGCUUUCAAUAUGCGAAUGGGGUGCAACAGUAUUGUGGCAUACCGUAUGCUUCCCUCAAGAAACGGUGGACUCGAUCGCAGUUGAUGAUGCAGUGGCCCAACAACUACCACGAUGGAGCAAAACUCGGGAGCGACUGUCCCCGACCGAAGGUUGAGGGGGAUGACUCGGACGAUCUCGUACCAGUCCCUCCAACGGCCCAUUUCGGAGAACCUCGAACGGACGAGUUGUCGGGACUCGUUAUGAACAUCGUCUUGCCUUGUGCCCCCGGAUCGCAAAGGUUUCCGGUCAUGGUGUACGUACAUGGUGGCUCCCUACUGUAUGGAGGUGCGAACCUGCCGAUCUUUGAUGGUGUCAAUCUCGUUUCCCUCAGUAUGGAAGUCGGGAUGCCCAUCGUCUAUGUCAACUUCAACUAUCGGGUCGGAUUAGGUGGCUUUCUUGCCGGUGCAGCAAUCCAACAAGAGCUCCAGCAGGAUGGCUAUCAAGGCUGUGGAAACUUCGGAUUCACUGAUCAGCAAGUGGCAUUCGAAUGGGUUCAACGUUAUAUUGGCGAUCUGGGGGGCAAUUCUGAUCGAGUGACGGCGGUCGGAGAGUCGGCAGGUGGCAUCUCCAUUAGCAAUCAAAUGCUAGCUGCUCAUCCUCCAUCAUUCCGCCGUGCGGUCUGCAUGUCCGGGCUCUCAGUCUCAAUUCCAGCUUGGUCAAUUGAGCAACACGAGCAGUUGUUCCGGGCCGUCUGCCGUCAUUUCGAUAUAGAUCCAGCACAAUUAGACGUGCUGGACUGUCUGCGGCGCAUACCCCAGCAAGAACUAGCCAACGCAACUCCCAUAAUACAAGGUGUUCUGUCAGGUACAGGGAAUCCAUGCCUCGAUGGUUGGUUCCAUGACCGGGACCCGCUUGAGAUACACGAGCCACCGCAGUGGAUAGAAGCUCUGAUUUUUGCAAGUAUUCGAGAGAUACUAAGUCAACACAUGCCCCUGGAUGAAACUGAUAAAGUCUUAGCCGAGUAUGAGAUACAGCCUGAGCUACCCAAGGAUGUCCUUCUCAGCCGGGUAGAACACAUGUGCGGUGAUGCAAUUUUCAAGAUCCCCAACUAUGCUACAGUGCUUGCCAGUACCCCUCUGACGCAGGAGAAAGAUGUGUUCGCAUAUCACUUUGACCAGCGUUCACGACUGAGAAACGCACUGGAGGGGACCGCGUAUCACGCCUAUGAACUUCUCUAUCUGUUUGGCAACCUGGACAAUGAGCUCUCUAACGAAGAGCGGGUGAUGGCGAGGGACUUUGCCGAGGCUUGGGUCAGAUUCACGUACGGCUAUUCACCCUGGGAAAGUUCGGAACGACACUGGAAAGUAUGGGGUCCCGAGUCAAUCCAAGCGGUAAAAAGUGAAGAGGACGAUGAGGAAGCUCGGUCAUACUCGCGUAUGAAAAGGCUGCUGGCGAUGGAUAAUGGAGAGACUUGGAGACGAUGGCUUAACGGAGUCGACGCAUUGGUCAACAAGCGUAUGAACAUGGGGAAGAAUUAUAGUUCAUAG